AUGAAUGACAUAGGUGCUGCUCUAGCAAAAACGGUUGAGGUUGAGAACGAUGGGGGCAAUCAAUUGAAUAUGAGUGACAUCGGUGAUGAUUUGGGUGAUGAACCAAUAGAUAUGGGUGAUGAACCAACACACAUAGGUGAUGAUCCGAGUGAUGAACCAACAAACAUGGGUGACUAUGAAGACCAAACAGUAGAUACAACUGAAAAAGUUAAUGAAGAUCUUACUGGACCUUUUCCUGGAGGGCCAUAUGAUCCUUCAAUUUUAAAGAGUUUUCAUUGUCACGUAGCAGCCAAAAUUUGGCAUAAUGAUGAAUGUGGAAUACUUAAAUGCUUAAAUCAUGGUUUUAAAGUUGGAGAAUGGUCAUUCAACUUGGAAGAUAAUGAACAGUCCAAAUUUCAUGUCUCUUGCAAGAAGUUAUCAAAUGUUGACGUUGCAAAUCUGCUAGUUGAGGCUUUGGGAGUAACAAUAGAUGAGGCAAAUGUAGCGUUGAAGGUAGCACGGGGCCAGUCUAUCAAGGUAGAAUGGUUGAGACAACGGUUUGGGUCAGCGACUGAUGUGGACAAUGAUAAUACCAUUGAGUGUGCAGCUAGGGCAUAUUUGUUAGGUUGUACCUUAUUUGCAGACAAGACAGCCAUACGUGUUCCGGUAGUGUAUUUGCCUUUUCUUAUGGAUUUGCGAUCGGUUGCUUCUUAUGCUUGGAGUGCAGCCGCAUUGGCAUUUUUAUACCGGCAAUUGGGUACUGCCACAAGGUAUGCCGUAAAACAGAUGGCGGGAUACAUGACAUUGUUGGAAGGUUGGAUUUACGAGCAUCUUGUUGGUGCUAGACCCCACCCCAAUUUGGACUAUAAAGAAGAUCAGCCUCGUGUCUUUCGUUGGAUUUCUCGCACCCAAUCUAGUUCGUCAACGUCUAUUUUACAAAGGUUGCGAGAGGACCUCGACAGAUUAGAAGCCCAUGACGUUAUUUGGGAUCCAUACCAUGAUAAGCGUAUUGAGCAUCCUUUUUCUGAUGUUGCUUAUUAUAGUGGAUGUUUAAAAUGUAUGCACAUUGUUGAACCAUACCAUCCAGAUAGGCGCAUUGACAGUGUCUUAAGCAUUUCACGUUCAAUGCUUGAAAUUGGAUACAAUGAAACAGCUCCCACCUGA